AAGGUUUCAAGUUCACCUUCUUGGACCCUUUGCUUUCUGCAGUUUCAGAACCUUAUUUUGCAUGCACUGCUAAACCUGGCAUUUGCAUUUUGUUGAGAAAUUGUUCAUGUUUUGUUUGUUCACUAGAGAAGCUGCUUCUAAUUGUUCUCCUGUUUAAUUUAUUGGAGUCUACUGUGUUAAAUCUGUGAUCUCUGUGUUGGCUGUGAUCCCAGUUUUGGUUGUGGCGCAUUGACUGGUGCAGACUGCACAUCACACAGCAGCCCAGUGAGCCCACAUCUUGCCAAACUCCCGUAUAAAAGAUCAGACCAGAUUAGAAUUCGAAACUGGUUUGCGGUGCGUUUGCGAUCCGGUGAUAAGGCAUCCACUAUGGAAGUGGACCACGAAGUGGCGCAUGUGAAAUUUGUUACAAAGGAGCUGCAUCGUACAACAUGGGAAGUGCCUGAACGCUACGAAGGUCUGGAAGCGAUCGGCAGCGGCGCGUACGGCAAUGUAGCGUCAGCAUAUGACAAAAUAACCAAACAAAAAGUGGCCAUUAAGAAGCUGGCUCGUCCUUUCCAGACCGUAAUCCAUGCCAAGAGAACGUACCGUGAAUUGCGUCUGCUGCAGCACAUGAAGCAUGAAAACGUUAUUGGUUUGUUGGAUGUUUUUACGCCACAGUUUAGUCCUCAAGAGCUGAAGGAAGUUUAUUUUGUUACGCACUUGAUGGGCGCUGAUUUGUCGUCCAUAGUGAAAACGCAGAUCUUGAGCGACAGCCAUGUGCAGUUUCUGAUUUAUCAGAUUCUGCGUGGACUGAAGUAUAUUCAUUCCGCUGGAGUGAUUCACCGGGAUUUGAAGCCGGGUAAUAUUGCCGUUAAUGAAGACUGCGAACUGCGCAUCUUGGAUUUCGGCCUGGCUCGGCAAGCACAAGAUGAAAUGACCGGAUACGUUGCCACUCGAUGGUACCGCGCCCCUGAAAUCAUGCUGAAUUGGAUGCAUUAUACACAAACUGUGGACAUCUGGUCUGUUGGCUGUAUAAUGGCAGAGCUUAUUAGUGGACGGCCAUUAUUUCCGGGCACGGAUCAUAUCAGCCAGCUGAAUUUGAUUUUGGAUUUGGUCGGCACUCCAAGCCAGCAUUUUUUGGACAAGAUUGAAAGCGAGGAUGCUCGCAGCUAUAUAUGUUCUUUGCCCCGAAAAGCUCCUCGAGAUUUUCAUCGCGAAUUUCCUAAAGCAAGUGAGGCUGCUGUUGAUUUGCUGAGGCGGAUGUUGGAACUGGAUCCGGACAAUCGCGUCACAGCCGAAGAUGCUCUGGCUCACGAGUAUUUGCAUGAUUACCAUGACCCCGGCGAUGAACCGAUCUGCGAGGAACCGUAUGAUCAGGCCUUCGAAGAUCUGGAGCUUACCAUUGAUCAAUGGCGUGAAAUGGUGUUCCAGGAAGUGCAGACUUUCCCUCGCCAAUGACAUUAGUGCCUCCUGCAUGAUAGCAAAGUUAUUGACGACUGUGUUGAGUUAUAGCUAUUUGACUGUUUUAAUUUUGAUAUGGUGCUUUCUGUUUUGCUGCAAUGCGGAUGUAAUUUUACUCCCUUGUUUUGGUUGUAUCUCUAGUUUCAUGUUAUGUGUUUGUAUAUACCUUGAAUCCCUUUUGAUCUUUUUUUUGUUGUAUGUAUCGAUUUCCUGUGCAAUCGUUUAUUUUUCUGUAUCGGUUUUGAACUUUUGACUUUCGAGUAUUCAAAGAGUAAAUAAUAGAGAGUGCAUAACGUACA